CUCCUUCUGAUAUACACGUAAUGACGCACUAGUUAGGCGCCCUAGUUAGGAAACAAGUAUGCGAAUCUAGACGCCGCCCACCCAACUCAGUUUUCCAGUGAUUUGGUAGCAAGCGGUGGUGGGAUUAUAGUGUUGUGUUUAUUUGUUUGUUUUGUUUGUUUGUUUGAUUGAGAUCGGUGUAAACUAUUAAGCGGUCUGAAAUUCGUUCGCUUGUGUCCGAUUAAAACAGGACAACUUUAUCUUUAGCAAGAAACCAAUCCGCAGUAGUAUAUAGUAUAGCAUUUGCAACAUGUAGUUAAUCAGAUUUAAAAAAAAAAAAAAAAACAACAACAACAAAAAAAAAAACAUUAUUGGCUGGACUAAGGGUGCAUCGAUACUGAUAUCAGGCAGGAUUACACACCGCAUUAUCCACCGAGUCGCAUUCGGAACAGAAGAUGGAGGAAGAAGACGACCACCCCGAAGCUCUUUCAGCGGAGGAUUACGCUGCCGAGGCGAUGGCGGCCGAUCUGGAUCCUUGGAUCGUAUUCGACGCCCGCAAAACUCCCAGAGCCGAGUUCCCAAGUUGGCUCGAGUCCAAUCGUCCCUCGUUGGUGAGCCGCUUCGGGGACGACGUCUCGGGGCCUGUAGGGUGGAUCGCCGUGUACGGCACCAGCCACUGCCCGAGCAAAGGCGACGUCUCGGGCUUGCAGGAGAGCUGGGAAAGACUUCGCUCCAGCGGCCGAGCCAUCACUUUCCAGACCAUUAAAGAGAUCGCACUGAACCACAACGUGCUCACGGGGAAAUGGCUGAUGCACUUGGACACGGGUUUCAAAGUGGACCACGCGUGGGAGUGCGUCGCGAGAGCCAUCCUGGACGGGAAGAUCUCCGUGGCCAAAGUGAGUCCACGCGACCCCAACUCGGACGGCAAGCACGUCAUUUGCGUCUACAACCAGAACUUCGCUGACGAGGAGCAGGUGAUGCAGCUGGACGCGGCCAUCAGGGCGACGGGCAUCAAGUGUCCUCUGUCUUACAAGCCAGACGUCUACACGUACCUCGGGAUUUACAGGAAUAACCGCUGGAAGCUGUGUCCCACGAUUUACGAGAGCAAGUUCGAUCUGGAGUGCGUGCCUCGCCGCUCACACAUCACCAACAAAGUCACCAACUUGGAGGUCACAUAGGCGGAAGAUCAAAACUCCAGCAUUGUGGACUGUCCUGAGAAUACCGAAGAGAGCGUUUGUUUUUGUUUGUUUGUUUGUUUGUUUGUUGUUUAACGACCUGUUCAAGUUAAUCUUCUCUCGUUCACCUAAAAUUGUUCUCUUAACUUUUCUUACCAAUCUGUUGUUUUUGUUUGUUUUGUUUUUUUCUCGAGACUUUUGUCUGAAGUCAGUUUUAAAGAGAUCGUACCUAAUUUACAAGCAACUUCAUCAUCUCUGGUUUGCCACAAUGCUAAUUAAAACUUUAAUAAUUUGUGUUUAAUUAUUAAGGAGCAAAAAGAUAGCACCCCUCGUGCUUAAUAAACAUAUGUGACAAACAUUUUCUUUGUAGAACUCUUUCUACGUGAAGAUACUUUCCAAACGAGGCAGGCAGACACAACCACAGGGAUACCGACACGAAUCUGCAACCGACCGAAUCGUACAGUUCCAGGUCCGACUCCGACUCGAGCCAGAAGUCAAGGGGGUAGUCUGCGUUUCAGGCUGGAUAAACGAGUUUAAUGUGGGGUUAGGCUUAUAGGUGGAGUCGGAUCAGAUCCAGCUCCACAUCUUGGACCCGGGCUGUCUGAUCUUAUCCUGAAAGGGCCGGUGCGAGUGCAGGUUUGUAUUCCAAUCAAGCCGGAGCCACACCCGAUUCCACUUUCGAUACUCGGGUGCGCCUCCGGCUUGAUCGGAAUACAAACCUGUACUCACACCGGCCAUUUUCCGGAUAUAAUACAGUUCCUGCGUGAAUGCGAGUGGAAGGAAAGAUUGCACCCAUGUUGAGGCGGCAGUGGAAAAGCAAGCUCAGUAAAGUAAAGCGAGGCGUACCAUGGGUUGGAUUUCAGUUCCUCCGGGAUUUAGCGUAGAGUAGGAGGAGCUUGCAAUUUUUCAAAAAUGACCGCAGAUUUUCCACAGAUUUGUGGGCCAAGACGCAUCGUGAUGUCAUCAAAACGCACCAUGUGGCAUCAUCACGACACGCGUUCAGCCAAAGCGCUCUUCGAUUCACGAGUACAGCGAAAAAGGUCUAAUUUCUCAACAGUACCGGUGAAAGCCCACGCAAAACUAUUUGGUGCAAUUGUGAUGUCGCAGACACAAAAUAAAAAAAAAACUCCGCAAGCUACACCGCAAAUUUUGAAGAAGGAAAAAAAGCCGCAGUAAAAUCAAGCAUUUUAGAU